UUUACAAUGCAGAUGUGUAGAUGCCAAAUACGACAAAAAUGUCUACCUAUUUCCGGUACAUUAAAUUGUGAGAAUUCUGUUAAAAUGCGAGAAUUUAAAAUGAUUUGAUAAACAUUUAUUUAAAAAAAAUGUUCAUAUUUAUUUUAUUUAAAAUUUGGUAGAUAAAACGUAAUAUUUUAUAUUCAUUUUAUUGAUAAUUUUCUUAAUAAUAAUUUUCGUAUCAAAAUGACACAAUUUCUACCACCCAAUCUUUUGGCAUUAUUUGCACCUAGAGAGCCAAUACCAUAUUUACCUCCACCAAGUAAACUUCCACAUGAAAAGAAACAGAGAGGAUAUGUUGGAGUUGGAGCUUUCUUGGAAAAUUUCGAGGAUCCGAAAGAUACACCACCACCAACUAGAGUGGAAACAAGAGAAGAGAGAUUAGAAAGAAGACGAAGAGAACGAGCUGAACAAGUUGCGUAUAAAUUAGAACAAGAAAUUGCUGUUUGGGAUCCGAACUCUUGUCCAAAUGCAACAGGAGAUCCAUUCAAAACAUUAUUCGUUGCUAGAAUUAAUUAUGAUACAUCAGAAUCAAAGUUACGAAGAGAAUUUGAAGUUUAUGGACCUAUCAAAAAGAUAGUCCUUAUCCACAAUACGAUCAAUGGGAAGCCAAGAGGUUACGCUUUUAUUGAGUAUGAACAUGAACGAGAUAUGCAUUCUGCUUAUAAACAUGCUGAUGGUAAGAAAAUUGAUGGACGUAGGGUGUUGGUUGAUGUUGAGAGAGCCCGUACUGUCAAAGGAUGGUUACCAAGAAAAUUAGGGGGUGGAUUAGGAGGAACUCGUCGUGGAGGACCUGAAGUAAAUAUUAAACAUUCUGGUCGUGAAGAUAAUGAAAGAGAACGAGAACGAUAUCGUUUAGAACGGGAACGAGAAGAGCGUGGUUUAGGUGGUGGAAUUCAUCGUGAUCGUGAACGAGAUAGAGGCGUUGGACUUGGCAGUAUUGACAGACGACGAUCACGCAGUCGUGACAGACGUGAACGCCGAAGAUCACGAUCUAGAUCCCGUGAACGUAAACGCAGAAGAAGUCGCGAACGUAUACGUGAUCCUGAUAUUGAAGAAAUUGAACGUCCUAGAGAUCGUGACAGGGAUCGUGAUCGAGACAGAGAUCGUAAACGUAGACGAUCUCGUUCGCGUGAUAAGGAAAGAAAACGUGAGAAGAGAGAUCGUGACAGAGAUCGUAAAGAUCGUGAUAGAUUAGAAUACAUUAAGACAGACGAAGAUGGUGAAAUGAUACGAAUUAAAGAAGAACCAGUUGAUGAUUAUCCAGAAUAUGCGCAAUAUCAACAACCAAACUAUGAUACAUCUAAUGUUAAAUAUGAAACGGAAGAUGAGAAGAAAUUUAUUCCUGAUGAAUCAAACGGUGAUGCGAAUUAUGAGAGUUAUGAAGAAGGGGAAGCUUACUAAUUUAAAUAUAAUUUUAAUUAAUAAAUUAAUACACUUGUAUUGUAAUUAAAACAGGACAAGGCGUAUUUGUGAAUACAAGUUUAAUAAUUAAGUUUGAAUAAUUUACUAUAUUGUAAUUUACAAUUAUUUUUAAAAUUGCAUAUAAAUAUCAAUGUAUUUAUAUGGACAGGAUCUUUCUUUUAAACGUGAAUUGAACGGAUUCGUAGUAUAAUGCGACUUAGUAAAAUGAAAACAUAAAAUUUGUCAAAAGGAGGAUGUAGAGAAGCCGUUUACUAGACAAAUGAAUGUUAAAAUUACAAGUUGCAAAUAAAUUCUUAUAAUUCACGUUUAAAACAAGACUUUCUUUAUAUAAUGGGUGUUUUAAAUGACUGAGUGGUUUAAUCAGUAAGUUAAAUAACGUGUAAGAUAACAUCUUAAAUAUUAUUUCUAAAUAUACUAUAUUGUCAUUUUAAGCAUUCUUGAAUUAUGUACAACUUGUUUGUAUUUGAUUUUGAAAUUAAAAAUUACUUAGACAAUUUAAA